AUGUCCACGGACUCUAAUCGCGUGUUCAGUGUGGAGGUGGAGCGACCGGAGCCCAGUCCCCUGCACCCACCUCCCUUCCUGCCACCACCACCUCCCGGUCCUGAGGAGGAAGGGAUGGGAGCUCUGGGUGCCUUGUGGGUGGUGCUCAGCCUGCUGGAAGCCGAGGGCCAGACCUCACGGCCUGGGCUGCCCACCACCCAGGUCCUGAAGACCUUCCAGGAGGACAAGUUCCAGGGGGAGUGGUUUGUCCUCGGCCUGGCUGGCAGCACCCACAGCAAGACGGACAGCUCCCUUCUGAACCCUUUCACUGCAACGUUCCAGCGAAACAAACAGAAGCGCCUUGAAGUGUCCUAUGCCAUGACCCGGGGCCAGCGCUGCCUCACCUGGUCCUAUGUGCUGAUUCCCACAGCCCAGCCUGGAAAAUUCUCAGUGGACCAGAGCAGGAGUCCCCCCGCAGGUUCCCCGGCAGAGGUUGAGGAGGUGCAGGUGCAGGACACGGACUACACCACCUUCGCCCUGAUGCUCUCCAGGAGACAGUCGGGCAGCCAGCCCGUCCUCAGGGUCACCCUGCUGUGCAGAAUAUGGGCGCUACAGACCCAGGUGCUGAACAAAUUUAUCUGCCUGGUCAGAGCUCAGGGCCUGUCAGAGGACAACGUCAUUUUCCCAGACUUGACAGGGUGGUCACCCUCUCUGGGAAGCUGUUGA